UCGAAUAGGACAGAAAACGACACCUUUUAGCGGAGCUAUUUGUGCGGGAGAAGAAAAAGAAUAGAAUAAAAUGGCGAACGUUGAAGACCUCGAGAAGCUGAGGACGAAAGAGCUGAGAGCGCGUCUCGCUAGCUUGGGGUUGAAGGUAACAGGAAGAAAAUCCGAAUUACGCGCGCGGCUACAGGCGGCCCUAGAAGGAGAUGAUGUAUCGUCGGAAGAAGAGAGCUCCGACGAAAGUAAAGGCGAGGACGACAAACAAGGCGCGCGAGAAUACAGGAGAGGCACGCGAGCGGUGUAUCAGGACCGCGAUAAGUAUCACCAGAAGGUAUGCGUCGGUUCGAUGUUGAGUCUUAAAGACGUAGAAGACUCAUUAGAGAAUUUCAGCGGGGAUGAUCUGCUGAGUGUAAAUCAGUGGGUGGAAGACUUCGAGGAAAUGGCAGAAGUGUGUGGUUGGUCAGACGCCCACAUGGUGACCUAUGCUAAGAAAUUACUCACAGGCUCCGCUCAGGCCUUCGUACGACAAGAGCGAUGCGCGAAGUCCUGGGCAAAGCUAAAGAGAGCGUUGAGGAAUGAAUUUGAAAAUGUAGUAAGUGCCCAGCAACAUGAGGAUGAUCUUGAGCAACUGGUUGGAUUUAAGAAGCAAUUGGAGAAGAAAUUAGCUGAUGCUUACGAAGAGGUCGAGGAACAACGUCAGGUUGUUGGACAAUGGAAACGACGCGUGCAAAGUCUGAAUGGCGAGAUGCACGACUUGAGACUACUGUUGGAAGAACAAACAGCUAGGAAUAAUCUUCUGGAAAAGAAACAGCGCAAAUUUGAUUCAGAAACUCAGAAUCUAAUGAACGAUCUGUGGCAAGAGAAAGCGCAACGUAAAAGAUUAGCUAGAGAAAAAGAAAUCGCGAUCGCGGAGAAGUUUACCAUAGAACAGAUCCUUAGUGACGCAAGAUUGGAAAUCGAAUUGAAGGAAGAAAGAUUGCGGACAUUGGGCCAAGAGCUUGAGGAGUUAACAUUUGGUAGCAAAACGGAGGAGGAAGUAGCACAGCUGAAGAACCAGUUAGAAGAUGCAGAAUGCGCUAGAGCAGUUGCAGUUAAAGCGAAACAGGCACUGGAGCAAGAACUGAAUGAGACGCAGGCUUCGUUGCAGGAAGUACUGCGGCAACGUUCCGAAGCAAAAGAUCGUGUUAAUGUAGCUAGUCGCGAACGAACUGAGCUACUGUCGCAAUUGGAAGAAAAUAAAGAAGAGUUGGCAGAAGUUUUGAAGAAGUAUCGGGCAGCUGUGCAGCAAGUGUCGGAGGAAUGGAGAAUAGUGGCAAGAUACGUGGUGAUUGGUAAAGUGGACCACGAGAUGGUGUCCUCGUCGGAUUCUUGCGGCCAGCAGGAGGACUUAGCGAACAUCACGAGGAGGAAGAAUCUGGCUAAACAGCAACAGGAUGUUGUUGAUGAUAUUUGCGAAUUUACUGAGAAGGAUAGCGUUGCGGGUGUGAGGAUUGUUUCAAGUUUUCGGUUAGACUCGAAGAGAAUCAAUGCAAGGCGAACGAAAAGACAAGGGAAGUUGCACGUGCGGAAUCCCUCCAAUAAUAUCGAUACGAAGAUUCGAUAUACAGAGGAUGUGGAUGACGAAGACGACGAUGGGAUUGUCGAGGACACGAUGAACGUGAAGACCUUCGAAAAAGAAGAGAUCAUAGUCUCGGUAGAUGGUAAGUUGUUAACGUCUUCCAUGUACGAACCGAGCCUACGAAAAAGUCACGAUGCUGCCACGACGAUCAAAGCCCCUGACAAGAGUGAAAUGGGUAAACAAACAACGGAGAGGAAGAUAGAGGAAGAGCGAAAGAGGAGCAGUAGCAUCGAGGACGAACAGGCCGCGGUGUUCCAAGAGGAACGAGAUCAGCUGCGUACAGACGCAAAGAGACGGAUCGAAGAGAUCCAAGCCCGAGACAAGUGGACGUAUAACAAGAGACGCAAGAAGGCGACAGCAUACAGGACGCAGGGCGGUCCCCGACUAAAGCUGCAUCCGAAGUUCCUUAACUAAAA